AAGUAGGGAAGUAGGUGACCGGUAGAGUCUGGAGUCAGCAGGCCUUGUUCUGUUUGUGUUGUGCUGCAGUGGGGGAUGCAUUAUAAAUGCAACCAGCCAGAGGGCCCCUGGCUUCAGAACCUAGGACUGUACUGGUUCUGAGAUUCUGUGCAAGCCUCAUGGAAAUGAAGCUGCCAGGCCAGGAAGGGUUUGAAGCCUCCAGUGCUCCUAGAAAUAUUCCUUCAGGGGAGCUGGACAGCAACCCUGACCCUGGCACCGGCCCCAGCCCUGAUGGCCCCUCAGACACAGAGAGCAAGGAACUGGGAGUACCCAAAGACCCUCUGCUCUUCAUUCAGCUGAAUGAGCUGCUGGGCUGGCCCCAGGCGCUGGAGUGGAGAGAGACAGGCAGGUGGGUACUGUUUGAGGAGAAGUUGGAGGUGGCUGCAGGCCGGUGGAGUGCCCCCCACGUGCCCACCCUGGCACUGCCCAGCCUCCAGAAGCUCCGCAGCCUGCUGGCCGAGGGCCUUGUACUGCUGGACUGCCCAGCUCAGAGCCUCCUGGAGCUCGUGGAGCAGGUGACCAGGGUGGAGUCGCUGAGCCCAGAGCUGAGAGGGCAGUUGCAGGCCUUGCUGCUGCAGAGACCCCAGCAUUACAACCAGACCACAGGCACCAGGCUCUGCUGGGGCUCUACUCAUCCAAGAAAGGCUUCUGACAAUGAGGAAGCCCCCCUGAGGGAACAGUGUCAGAACCCCCUGAGACAGAAGCUACCUCCAGGAGCUGAGGCAGGGACUGUGCUGGCAGGGGAGCUGGGCUUCCUGGCACAGCCACUGGGAGCCUUUGUUCGACUGCGGAACCCUGUGGUACUGGGGUCCCUUACUGAGGUGUCCCUCCCAAGCAGGUUUUUCUGCCUUCUCCUGGGCCCCCGUAUGCUGGGAAAGGGCUACCAUGAGAUGGGACGGGCAGCAGCUGUCCUCCUCAGUGACCCGCAAUUCCAGUGGUCAGUUCGUCGGGCCAGCAACCUUCAUGACCUUCUGGCAGCCCUGGAUGCAUUCCUAGAGGAGGUGACAGUGCUUCCCCCAGGUCGGUGGGACCCAACAGCCCGGAUUCCCCCGCCCAAAUGUCUGCCAUCUCAGCACAAAAGGCUUCCCUCGCAACAGCGGGAGAUCAGAGGUCCCGCCGUCCCGCGCCUGACCUCGGCUGAGGACAGGCACCGCCAUGGGCCACACGCACACAGUCCGGAGUUGCAGCGGACCGGCAGGCUGUUUGGGGGCCUUAUCCAGGACGUGCGCAGGAAGGUCCCGUGGUACCCCAGCGAUUUCUUGGACGCCCUGCAUCUCCAGUGCUUCUCGGCCGUGCUCUACAUUUACCUGGCCACUGUCACUAAUGCCAUCACUUUUGGGGGUCUGCUGGGAGAUGCCACUGAUGGUGCCCAGGGAGUGCUGGAAAGUUUCCUGGGCACAGCAGUGGCUGGAGCUGCCUUCUGCCUGAUGGCAGGCCAGCCCCUCACCAUCCUGAGCAGCACGGGGCCAGUGCUGGUCUUUGAGCGCCUGCUCUUCUCUUUCAGCAGAGAUUACAGCCUGGACUACCUGCCCUUCCGCCUAUGGGUGGGCAUCUGGGUGGCUACCUUUUGCCUGGUGCUGGUGGCCACAGAGGCCAGUGUGCUGGUGCGCUACUUCACCCGCUUCACUGAGGAAGGUUUCUGUGCCCUCAUCAGCCUCAUCUUCAUCUACGAUGCUGUGGGCAAAAUGCUGAACUUGACCCAUACCUAUCCUAUCCAGAAGCCUGGGUCCUCUGCCUAUGGGUGCCUCUGCCAAUACCCAGGCCCAGGAGGAAAUGAGUCUCAAUGGAUAAGGACAAAGCCAAAAGACAGAGACGACAUCGACUUAGGCCUGAUCAAUGCAUCCUUGCUGCCGCCACCUGAGUGCACCCGGCAGGGAGGCCACCCUCGUGGCCCUGGCUGUCAUACAGUCCCAGACAUUGCCUUCUUCUCCCUUCUCCUCUUCCUUACUUCUUUCUUCUUUGCUAUGGCCCUCAAGUGUGUAAAGACCAGCCGCUUCUUCCCCUCUGUGGUGCGCAAAGGGCUCAGCGACUUCUCCUCAGUCCUGGCCAUCCUGCUCGGCUGUGGCCUUGAUGCUUUCCUGGGCCUAGCCACGCCAAAGCUCAUGGUACCCAGAGAGUUCAAGCCCACACUCCCUGGGCGUGGCUGGCUGGUGUCACCUUUUGGAGCCAACCCAUGGUGGUGGAGUGUGGCAGCUGCCCUGCCUGCCCUGCUGCUGUCUAUCCUCAUCUUCAUGGACCAACAGAUCACAGCAGUCAUCCUCAACCGCAUGGAAUACAGACUGCAGAAGGGAGCUGGCUUCCACCUGGACCUCUUCUGUGUGGCUGUGCUGAUGCUACUCACAUCAGCGCUUGGACUGCCUUGGUAUGUCUCAGCCACUGUCAUCUCCCUGGCUCACAUGGACAGUCUUCGGAGAGAGAGCAGAGCCUGUGCCCCCGGGGAGCGCCCCAACUUCCUGGGUAUCAGGGAACAGAGGCUGACAGGCCUGGUGGUGUUCAUCCUUACAGGAGCCUCCAUCUUCCUGGCACCUGUGCUCAAGUUCAUUCCAAUGCCUGUGCUCUAUGGCAUCUUCCUGUAUAUGGGGGUGGCAGCGCUCAGCAGCAUUCAGUUCACUAAGAGGGUGAAGCUGUUGUUGAUGCCAGCAAAACACCAGCCAGACCUGCUACUCUUGCGGCAUGUGCCUCUGACCAGGGUCCACCUCUUCACAGCCAUCCAGCUUGCCUGUCUGGGGCUGCUUUGGAUAAUCAAGUCUACCCCUGCAGCCAUCAUCUUCCCCCUCAUGUUGUUGGGCCUUGUGGGGGUCCGAAAGGCCCUGGAGAGGGUCUUCUCACCACAGGAACUCCUCUGGCUGGAUGAGCUGAUGCCAGAGGAGGAGAGAAGCAUCCCUGAGAAGGGGCUGGAGCCAGAACACUCAUUCAGUGGAAGUGACAGUGAAGAUUCAGAGCUGAUGUAUCAGCCAAAGGCUCCAGAAAUCAACAUUUCUGUGAAUUAGCUGGAGUAGGAGUCUGGGAGUGGAGACCCCAGGAAACAGCAUGAGUUCACAGGUGCUUACUCAGGAAGUCAGGACAUUUUUGGCCUUUGGCUUAACUUCCAGAUGCUCAGUCGGCUUGGGGAAGGACUGAAGGGCAGCUGCCAAGACCUCAGUUACCUCCUGACCUGAGGGUGGAGAGUGGCAGGAAGCAAGCAUGUUUGCUGUGCACUUAGGAAAGGCUGGUGAGCCAGAGGGACUGAUCAGGCUCCAUUCACUCUCUACUCAUUAAAAGGUCCUGAGCCACG